UCUCCGAGCGCUCCGCCGACCAGAGAGACGGCCGGUAGGGGUCAGGCGAGCGGAUCGCCGGCCGUCCGCUUUAGUUCAGCGAACCCGACGUCUGUGACGCCAGCCUUGGAUGCGAUGCGGAAGAGAGCGCGAGCGCACCAGACGGCCGGCGGCAACGAUCUGCUACUCCUCAUGGACUCGGACCUGAGUAGUGAACGAUCCCGAGCUCUGCGCAGUGUUAGGGCUCACGUGAAUCGCACGGGAAAUGGAGACCGAAUUCAGGCCUACGGUUGGAGUAUUACAGGCGUCGGCGAGUCGGGCAAU